GCGGAAGUUGGCAGCCCCGUAGACUGAGCUUGAAACGAGUGCUUGAGGUGGAGGCAGUCAGCCUGCGACGGAAAAAAACAAGCUAUAAUAGGUCGGACACUUCAUGCUCGGUUCUUGUUUUAAAAGAAAGAAAAAUAGAGAAACCGGUGGUUAUGUGGAUGUAGGAGGUUAUUUUCGCGGCUUUCGCGCGGGCUCCCUAACUUACAAUUUGAUUGGCGGGUUCUGGUUCGGGGUUUGUUGUUGAGCGUGUCGCUGUUUGCCCAUUCUCACUGGAGUGAACACUAAGGAGGACUCCAUGAAAGAUGACAGAGGAGGUGAUUGUUGUAGCCAAGUGGGACUACACGGCCCAGCAGGACCAGGAACUUGACAUCCGUAAAAAUGAGCGUCUCUUCCUCCUGGACGACUCGAAGACCUGGUGGCGUGUCCGCAACGCCUCCAAUCAAACGGGAUAUGUGCCAUCAAACUACGUCGAGCGCAAGAACAGCCUGAAGAAAGGUUCACUUGUGAAGAACAUCAAAGACACUCUGGGUUUAGGAAAAACUAAGAGGAAGACGAGUGCCCGAGAUGCUUCCCCAACACCAAGCUCAGACACAGAGUACCCCUCCAAUGGCAGUGGGGGUGGAGGAGUUGGGGUAGGAGCACCAGAGAGAAUCUAUGACCUCAAUAUCCCUGCUACAGUUAAGUUUGCCUACACAGCAGAGAGGGAUGAUGAGCUGACCCUGGUGAAAGGCUCCAGAGUGAUCGUGAUGGAGAAGUGCAGUGACGGCUGGUGGCGGGGCAAUCAGGCGGGGCGGGUAGGCUGGUUUCCCUCCAAUUACGUCCAAGAGGAGCUCGGAGGGUCAGAUGAUAGAGGGGAGGGCGAUUCCUCGCGGGGAUACCUCGAAGCUUCUCAAGGAACUUUGUUGGCAAACGGGCGCACAGGUGGCCGUGGGGGAGUUCUUCACCUGGUUCAGACUCUCUACCCCUUCAACUCUGUGACAGAGGAGGAGCUAAACUUUGAGAAGGGAGAAGUCAUGGAAGUGGUGGAGAAGCCCGAGAACGACCCAGAGUGGUGGAGGUGUAAAAACUCACGUGGCAUGGUGGGCCUGGUACCUAAAAACUAUGUGGCGAUGCUGGACGAGCGGCCUGGCCCGCCCUCCUCUACGUCGAGCUCCCCACAGAACCGCCUCCUGGCACCGGCACGCUCAGGGAGGUUCGCUGGCAGGGACUGGUACUACGGCAACAUCACCAGACACCAGGCUGAGUGCAUACUCAACGAGAAAGGCGAAGAGGGUGACUUCCUCAUACGAGACAGCGAGUCAUCGCCCAGUGACUUCUCCGUGUCUCUGAAGGCGGUGGGUAAGAAUAAGCACUUUAAAGUGCAGCUGUCAGACGGAGUGUACUGUAUUGGCCAGCGCAGGUUUAACUCCAUGGAUGAACUUGUGGAGCAUUACAAGAAAGCUCCCAUCUUCACCAGCGAACAUGGGGAGAAGCUGUACCUGGUCAAAGCGCUGCUGUGAUUUACACACCCUCACACCUACACUGGAUGCUCAUACACACACACACACACACACACACACACAUGCACUCUCAUACACCAAACACUAAUGCCACUCCCCGACUGUCUUAACUCAAGCCUUAGCUCGGGACCCUCUUGCUGUGGCGUCUGUACCACGUCUAGAUCCUCUCUCGCACCUCCGCGUCUUAUCUGUGCUAGCAGUGAGCAGGUGAAACUUUCUCUAGCUCUCCAACCGAGCCGUUAACCUGAAGACAGCCAGCACUGUGUCAGCAAAUAUCUGCAUCCUUCAUUUACAACACCAUGCCAAAAGAAUUAAAUACGAGAAAAAAGGAAAAAACAAAACAGCCUCUCAAUCUAAGAUGUGCAAACUGCAGUGACCAAAUCUGCUGCUAACAGAACGCCUGAAGCCUUGUUGGGUGUUGAGCUCUCCUUCUGAUGUCAUACAUAAUGUCCAUUUACUAGCACGCACAUUGUAAGUUACACCAUUGCUCUUAAUCCACACAGGAGAACAGACAUUUAAGAGUUCAGAGAGAACUCAGACCUCUGUGGGACCUAACUCUGGUGUUGUCCUGUCGAAUCGCUGGCCAUUGUUUUAUUUUCUUCACUUUUUUUUUUCUUUUUAAGAAAUGCUUGUUACAGAGUUGAUGCUUUUUUUUUUUUUUUUGUCUCUUUUUAAAAAAUAGUUAAAUUAAUUUCCUCUCUGGAGGUUUAAACUGUUGCUUCUUCAUUCAGUGACUUCACAAAGUGACCAGAAUCACUCUCUUGCCUUUUGCCCUUUGUCUCAGAGUUUUCACCAUUCCUCAUUUUCUCCUCAUUUAAAUUUCUCCUUUUUUUUUGUUUAACUUAAAUCCCUCCUUGUUUCCAUCUUCACAGACCCCAUCGUUAGUUUGUAGUACUUAAAAUCUGGAUACAGCACUUCCUAAAAGCAGUCUAGGUGGGAGCACUAAUGCAAUAGUGGAGACUUCUGAUUUCCUGUAGAGUUUAAAUGUUUUAUUUGUGUAACCAAAUGUGCCACCUUGUACCCAUUACUACUGGCUCCAGGGCUGCACUGCACUCGCCAUAGUACGCCAGUCGUUCAUAACUCUGUGCUCAUGCUUUAUAGUGUCACGCUGGACAUGUUACUGUUCUCCAGUAUUUCACGAUACUGACUGAAGAAUAAUAAAAAGCUUUUUUCUGCUAACCUGAGUAAUUCCACUUGAUCUGCUCCAGCGCCUGCCCAUGGAAAUAAAAUACCUUCUCACAUCUGACCGAUGAGAACAUUGGAAGGGAUAUUAUACCAAAAAAGUCUUUAAAAAGGAAAAAUGGUAAAGUUAUUACCUGAGACCCUGUUUCAGAGUAUUUAGGAAAUGAUAUACUGCCUUUACAAAUCACAAAAUCUUUCUUUUAUUAACAAAUGAAUCACAAAAUGACUUGGAGUAGUCCAGUUUUACUGAACAUAUGACAGGUCUGAAGCCUGGCCUCUUUGAAUCUAGCAAAAAAGAAAAAUUGAGCAAAGUUGUCUUUAUAAAAGUAAAAUGAACACUAAUAAUCCACCCUGAAAUCGGGAUUGUCUGCCUUUAGCAUGGCCAGCUAAACAGUUCGUGACACUUCAGGUAGAAGUGAAAUCAAAGAUAAUUGUUUCUGGGUAAAUAUAGAGAUGCCAUUGUACCCUUGAUGUGUGUUGUGCAUGUCUAACAGGUGUAGGAACAGUAACAGAGUGGAUGGAGCAGGGCUUAGGUUUCUGUCUCUUUAUAUACACAUAUAUAAAAAAAAAUUCAUCUUUCACUGUCAAGAAACCAAAUACAUUCUCAUCUUAGCUGAAAGUUAUAACCUUAGUCCCGCCACGCAUUUUCCUCUUGUUUUCGUUUGCUAUGUGCAUUUGUUUACCAAUGGAAGUGUUGAUCAUGGGGUCCUCAGCUUUUAUAUGAUAUAUCUGAAUGUUAUUGAGCAUUGUUAUUUAAUUCUUGUCUCCACUGUAUGUAUAUAUUCAAAAUAAGAAGAGGUGCAUAUAUGAAUCAUUAAGAUCCAACUAUGGUACUGUAUCACCGACAACGUGAUGAGAAUUGAGAUACUUUUGUUCAAUAAAAUUUUUUGAAGAAUACUAAAU